AUGAGGUAUGACGGGACCAAAGAUCCUCAUGAACACCUCACCGCCUUUGAAGCAAGAAUGAAUUUAGAAGGGGUAGGCGACGCAGUGAAAUGCCGAGCAUUCUCUGUAACGCUAGCCGGCCCAGCGAUCUGGUGGUUUAACGCCCUCCCGCAAGAGUCCAUCACGGCUUUCAUAGAUAUCUCCCAAAGCUUCCUAGCCCGGUUCACAACACGCAUAGCUAAGGCCAAACACCCGAUCAACUUGUUAGGAGUCACCCAGAAACCCGAGGAACCGACCAGAACGUUCUUGGACAGGUUUAAUGAAGAAUGGUUGGAAUUUGACGGUCACACGGACUUGGUCGCCAGCCUCUGCCUAACAAACGGCUUGCUAAAUGAGGAUUUCAGGAAACAUAUCACGACCAAGCCUGUGUGGACCAUGCAGGAAAUCCUGAGCGUCGCCAAGGAAUACAUCAAUGAUGAGGAAGUCGACAGAUAUAAGGAGUCCCCCAGGGACGGAACUUCAGCCAAACAACACAAGCAACCUCCACGAGUGGGAAGGUUCCCAAACUACACGCCACUUACGGCGCCCAUAGUAGAAGUCUACCAACAAAUUGCAAACAAAGGAAUCCUAGCUAGACCUAGACCCCUGAAAGAGAGAACGGAAGGCAACAAAAACCUUUAUUGUGACUACCACAAGGGGUUUGGUCACAAAACACAAGACUGCUUUGACCUCAAAGAUGCCUUGGAACAAGCCAUCAGAGAAGGAAAACUGAGCAAAUUCUCCCGGCUCAUCAGAGAGCCGAGGAGGCAGGAAAGAGAGCGCUCCGAGGAAGAUCGGAGCCGAACUGUCAUGCCAAGGUUUGUGGUCAACAUCAUAGUCGGACGGGACAGCCCCCCCAAAUCCAAGUCGGCUGCAAGAAGAGACACCCGGGUGCUCUCCAUAUCGACAGAUGGCCUUGCCACCUGCAAAAGGCACCCCACAAUAUCCUUUGGCCCAAAGGAUAAAUGGUUCAAUGACCUCUCCGAAACCCCCCCAUGGUAG